AUGGCGCGUCGCAGAAGAGCCGAAGUACGGCCAACACCGCCCGACAUCAAAUACGGCAGCGUGGAGCUCAGCCAGUUCAUCAACAGGGUUAUGUGGAGCGGCAAGAAGACUGUCGCCCAGCGCAUUGUCUAUAGCGCGUUGGACAUAAUCGAGCAGGAAGCAAACCGCCCCGGUCUAGAGGUGUUCGAGCAGGCAAUUCGUAACACGAUGCCAAUGCUUGAGGUUAAGUCUCGUCGAGUCGGCGGCGCAACCUAUCAGGUGCCGACAGAAGUUCGACCGUCACGGCGCAUGGCACUUGCCAUGCGCUGGAUUAUUACUGCGGCACGAGCACGCGGGAGCAGACCGAUGCAUCAGAGCCUUGCGGGGCAGUUGCUAGAGGCUGCACGCAAUCAGGGGCCUGCCGUGCGACGACGCGAAGAGGCGCACAGAAUGGCAGAGGCAAAUCGUGCCUUUGCGCAUUACAAGUGGUAA